CUUGUCGCCUCUGCUUCAGGAGAUCGAGAGUAGCCAACCCACGUGGCCGUGGACUAUAUUGAAAAGACGAGAGAUCGAAGACGCCCCUUAUUCAAUACUAGUAGCAAAGCCUCGCCAGUGCAAAGCCUAUAUAUUGUGUGGAGUGGACCUUUUGUUGUGUAAAGGAUUAUCUAUAGAAAUGGCAGGACAAGUAACCCUGAACCAACCUUCUGACAUUCGAGACAUAACAAGGAUAGAGAGAAUUGGAGCUCAUUCUCAUAUCCGUGGUCUUGGGUUGGACGAUGCACUGGAACCACGACCAGUAUCUCAAGGCAUGGUAGGGCAAGGUCCUGCUAGGAGAGCCGCUGGGAUUGUACUAGAGAUGGUCAAGGAAGGAAAGAUUGCUGGUAGAGGUGUCCUUAUAGCAGGACAGCCAGGGACUGGGAAGACUGCCAUUGCUAUGGGUAUGGCACAAGCUCUUGGUGUGGACACACCAUUCACUGCAAUGGCUGGUAGUGAGAUCUUCUCUCUAGAGAUGGGCAAAACAGAGGCUCUGACUCAGUCCUUUAGGAAGUCCAUAGGAGUGCGUAUUAAGGAGGAGACUGAAAUUAUUGAGGGAGAGGUGGUGGAAGUGACCAUAGACAGACCCACAACUACUGCAGGUGCCAAAGUGGGCAAACUAACUCUCAAGACAACAGAGAUGGAGACAGUGUAUGACCUGGGUACUAAGAUGAUUGAUUCUCUCACCAAAGAGAAAGUGACAGCUGGUGACAUCAUCACCAUUGACAAGGCUACUGGUAGAAUCUCACGACUGGGACGCUCAUUCACUCGUGCCAGAGACUACGAUGCAAUGGGACCUCAGACCAAGUUUGUACAGUGUCCGGAAGGAGAGUUACAGAAACGCAAGGAAGUGGUCCACACAGUGUCACUGCAUGAAAUUGAUGUUAUCAACAGCCGAAGUCAAGGAUUCCUCGCCUUGUUCUCUGGUGACACAGGUGAGAUAAAGUCAGAGGUUAGGGAUCAGAUCAACAGCAAGGUAGCAGAGUGGAGGGAAGAGGGGAAGGCAGAGAUUGUACCAGGGGUGCUGUUUAUUGAUGAGGUGCACAUGUUAGACAUCGAGUGUUUCUCAUUCCUCAACCGAGCUCUAGAGAGUGACAUGGCUCCCAUUCUCAUAAUGGCUACCAACAGAGGCAUCACUAAGAUUCGUGGUACUGACUAUAUCAGUCCUCAUGGUAUACCUAUUGACCUCCUGGAUCGCCUCCUCAUUAUAUCCACACAACCCUAUUCUGAGAAGGAUAUCAAACAGAUACUCACUAUAAGGUGUGAGGAGGAAGAUGUGGAGAUGUCUGAUGAUGCAGUGGCUAUUCUAACAAGGAUUGGUAUGGAGACAUCACUGAGGUACUCUAUCCAGCUCAUUACUGCUGCUGCCCUCACUGCUAGGAAGAGAAAGGCUACAGAGGUCAAUGUGGAGGACAUCAAACGUGUCUACUCUCAGUUCUUAGAUGAGCACAGAUCUACUCAGUUUCUGCAAGAGUAUCAAGAUCAGUUCUUAUUCUCCCAACCUCUCCCUCCUCAAGACAACAUGGACACUGUCUAGACAUACACUGAUAACUAACUAACUCACUUAUUAUCCUUAUCUUAUCAUAUAAUUAUAGUUAUCAUAUAAUUAUAGCGAUAAUUAUUAUAUUAAACA